UGAAAAUACCCCCAACUUUGGCCGGUCCGCUUUUAAUACUCCCAACUAUGACUUAUUUUUAAAUACCCCCAACUAUGGGGGUGGUACGCCAAAAAUACCCCGCUUUCACCUGUGACCUGCUGUUUGGGUAAAAAGAACCCAUUUCCCUCCCUUUGCUUUACCUACCCCAUUAAUGCGUAAUUUUCGAAACUCAGUACAUGAAGAACAGUUACUGUACUCCAUCUAUUCAUCUGCUGAACAAGUUAGGAGAUUUAUCAUCAACACACAAGUUUUGAUCUUUGGGGGAAAAUUCUGCCACCUAAGUCUGCCAGAGAGGUAAAUCUUCAUCUUUGUUCUUCAAUUUUGGAUUUUUUCUUUUCCGUUUUAAUUUGUUAAAUUUAGGGUAAAUUGGUUUGUAUUUGGUGUAAAUUGGUUAUUCUGCUUGUGUUGUUGUUGUUUAUUGUAAUUCUAUUGAUAAUUUAUCAUGCAUUACAUUAGGUACCAUGAAAAAAACCAUUACUGAUGACACCAUAGUUACUGUUAAGUUUUGGCAUGGUGGGACUUUUACUAAGAAUAGUUUAGGAGUAACACAAUAUGUUGGGGGUGAAGCAAGAACAUUCCCUGUAGACGCAGAUGAGUUAUGUUGGUUUUAUUUGGAGGAAUUAGCAGAGAAGUGUGGAAACUACUCAAAGGUUGAUGAAAUAUACUACCUUGUACCUGGUAGUAGUAGUUUUGAAGAAGGUUUGAGAAGGGUUAAAUUUGAUGAUGAAGUGAGGGUGAUGAUUGAUCUUGUACUUAAAAGCAGAUGUAUUGACUGCUAUGUGGUCCAUGUAGUUGAUGUUCCUGAUGUUGUGUUGUUGUUAGAGGGUGGAUCACAACCCAGUGGAAUGCCUAAGUGUAGUAGUGCUGGACCAGAAACUGAGCCCACAAACACCCAACAAAUUAGGCCCAAUAAAUUGACUCCUAGGAGGCCUAAAGGUGGGCCAAAAAAGGUGGGAAACUUCAGCAAAGGAGAAAGUUCAGCUGCACAUCUUUCCACCUCACAACAGUUAGAACCUCCACCAGAAAACUCCAAAAAAUCUGCACCUACUGAUCCUCCUCCAUUUAUUAACACUCCCUCAUCUACUCCUUUGACUACACCUGAACCUAAUACAGAAACUGAACAUAGGACACAAACUGAACCUAGUACACAACCAAGUACAGAACCCUCUGAUUACCAUCUAUGGUAUGAUGACAGACCUGACAGCCCCCUGACCUGGAGACAGUUGUUAGAUGGCUAUGAGACAGAUGAUGAGUGCACCAAAGAUCCACAAUAUUAUCCCACAGAUGAUGAAAGUGAUAGUGAAUUUGAAGAAGGUGAAUUAGAGGAAGAGCAUAUUGAAUUGAAUGAAGAAGGUGAGGCAGUAAUAGAUGAUUUAGAUGACUAUGAGACAGAUGAUGAGUGCACCAAAGAUCCACAAUAUUAUCCCACAGAUGAUGAAAGUGAUAGUGAAUUUGAAGAAGGUGAAUUAGAGGAAGAGCAUAUUGAAUUGAAUGAAGAUGGUGAGGCAGUAAUAGAUGAUUUUGAGAUUCCUGAGUGUCUUGUGGAGCAACUUGAUGGAGUAGGGGAUGACACCAGUGAUGAUGAGUAUUGGGAGUCAAGAAAGAGAGUGAGUGGGUGGAAUGAAAAAAUCAUUGGCAUAGCAAAUCAGUUACAAAGAGAUGCUGCUACUGGGAGAUUAUGUAAUCAAGGGGAAGGACAACAAACUGAUCCAACAGGUGAUGCUGACAAGGAGUUUCUCAGUGAGUAUGAAGCUUCAGAGGAUGAAAAUCACACCCCAGAUGAAGAUGAACAAGAUGAAAUCCUAUCUAGGAAGAGGAGGGUGAGGGUUCCAGUUGUUGAUGAGAGCACAGAUUUCAGUAAACUAGUUUGGAAGGUGGGGAUCAGGUUUGAAAAUAGGGAGAAAUUUAGGGAUGCUGUUGUGAGAUUUGCUAUUGCACAGGGUAGGAAUUUGACCAUUAGUGUCAGUCACAAGAAUAGGCAGCAGAGGUUGGGUGUUAAAUGUGUUGAUAAAUGCCCUUUUAGGUUGUAUGCUAGCUGGGACAGUAGGAGGGCUAGCUUUGUGGUUAAAACAGUUGUGGAGGAACAUAGUUGUAACAGGAACAUGGAGCUCAACAGACAGAUGAAAUCUUCCUGGGUUGCAACCCAGUUCUUAGAGGUUUUCAAAACAAGACCCCAUUGGCCUGCAAAGGAGAUUGUGGAAACAAUUAGGAGGGCCUACAAAGUGCUUGUUAAGAGGGAUUAUGCCUACAAAGUUAAGGUUCAUGCUCAUAGGAAGCUACAUGGCAGCAUGAAGGAGCAUUAUGGUAAAUUAGGUAGUUAUUUAGAGGCUCUUAUACAAGCAAAUCCACAGAGCAUUUUCAAGAUAACUACUGACCCAAGCAAGGCUGUGUUUCCUCCUGUUUUCCAGAGGUUUUUUGUCUGUUUUAAUGGAAUUUUACAUGGCUGGUUAGCUGGUGGGAGGAAGGUGUUAUGUGUUGAUGGGUGUUUCAUCAAGACAUUUCUAGGAGGGAUGCUACUUUCAGCAGUGGGUAGAGACUCCAAUGAUCAGAUGUACCCACUGGCAUGGGCAGUGGUGGAAGGUGAGAACACUGCCAGUUGGGAGUGGUUCUUUUAUGAGCUGAAGAAAGUACUAGGUGGUGGAAAUGGGUCAGAUUUAACCCUGAUUUCAGAUGAGGCUCAGGCUAUAUUAGGAGGUGUUGCUAAAAUCUUCCCACAAGCAGAGCACAGACACUGUGCUAGGCAUGUGUAUGCCCAUUGGCAUAAGACAUACAAGGGUGAUGAAAUGAAGCUGCUGUUUUGGAAAGCAGCAAAGUCCUACAAUGAGGCUGAUUUGGGAGAUGCUCUGACAGAAAUGGAGAAGGUAAACCCUGAAUCUGUUGUUGCAUUCAAGAAGUAUAAUCCUAAGGUGUUUUGUAGAGCACAUGUUAAGACACAUACAAAAUGUGAUGUCAUUGUUAAUAACAUGGCUGAAACUUUUAAUGGGUAUAUUAUACAUGCUAGAGCAAAACACAUUAUUUUCAUGCUUGAGGAUAUUAGGACUGCUUUAAUGCAAAGGAUGGUUACUAAAAGGCAGCAGAUGGAGAAGAGUACAGCUAAGAUUUGUCCUAGGAUACAAAGUAGGCUAGAAAAGGAGAAAGAUGAGGCAGCAAAUUGCACCCCACUGCCAUCUAGUGCUACUUUAUUUCAAGUAGCUCACAAAAUGGACACCUUAACUGUAGAUCUGGAAAAAAAAUCUUGUACUUGCAGAAAAUGGGAUUUAAGUGGUGUGCCCUGUUGUCAUGGGGUUGCUUGUAUUUUCUUCCUCCACCAUGAAGCUGAAGACUAUGUUGAUGAAUGCUAUAAAAGAGAAGCUUACCUGAAGAUGUACUGUGGGGGUAAGUCCAUUGACUGGAGAGAGACAUUGGCCUAAAGUGGACAUGCCUUUGGACCCUCCUCCCAUUAAGAUUGGUCCAGGCAGGCCAAGGAAGAACAGGAUCAAAGAUCCUCAUGAAGACCCUAAGAAAAGUGGCAAAUUGACUAAGCAUGGAGUGGAGAUGUCCUGUAGUGUGUGCAAGAACAAGGGGCACAACAAAAGAACAUGCCCUGACAAGGGUAAGGCAGUGGAGCCAGUACCUAAAAAGCCAUGUGGCAGACCUAGGAAAGACAGCACUCAACCAAUAAACACUGCCAGUUAUGCCCUCCUCCUUCACACCAUGAAACCACUGCACAACCAUCAAGGAUUGGUAAAAAUGGCAGGGUGGUUGGAAAAGGAAGAAAGAAAAACACUGCUCCAAAAAAAAGGAUGCCACAGGGAGUUGGUGUCCUUUUUGAUGGUCAUGGCAACACUCUAAUCAAUGCUCCUGGACAGAGUGGUGGACCAAGAGUGGUUUCCCAGAUAAGAAGUCAAGCUGAAUUAACUCAAGGAAGUCAAGCUUCAAGCACCACAACACAUCUCAAUUUAGGAAGUUAAAAUUGUCUUGUAUCCCAUGUUUUGACUUCUGUUUUGAGGUUCAAACUUAGUUAAAAUUGUCUUGUAUCCCACAACACUGCUUUUCAUCUUUGUUUAUGGUUGUGUAUUGAACUUAUAUUCUCUUAAUGACAUAUUUGGUUAUUUGUAUUGCUUAUUAGCUAAGUUGUGCUUUUGGUUAUUUGUAUUUCCUCAA